AUGCCUCGUCAGAUUGACAGAACGGAGGAGGACAUCCCGAAUCCUUACAGCAGCGGUCUGAUGGACGGAGGGGUGGCAUAUCGACACGACAAGUACUGGCGCCUUGCCGACUACAUCGGUCCCUCCAACGCCGCACUCACUCAGCAACUUGAGGCGUCUAACCACCACAUCCCAAUCUAUCGCCCCGACCGUCGUACACUCGCGCACUACCUCCAGCGGCGCGACAGACAGCUUCCCUGCUACUUCGGCUGUUCUGUGGCUGAGCUUCAACAGUACGUAAAAGCACGUGGUCUAGAGCUCGAACAAUCUCGCAGGUCCUUGACCAACAAGCUCCUUACAGCACUCGAGACCGCGGAUGCAAACCCCUCGUUCGAACACCUGCUCGACCUUCCACCCGAGCUUCGCAACCGAAUCUACGAGUGCUACAUGUCAAGCUUUGGCAGUGUCCUCCAGUCGCCCACACAGCCUCCCCUGACCAAAGUGUCCCGGCAAAUUCGUGAGGAAACUCUGCCAAUCUUCUACAACACAUGCACUUUCGGACUUGCGCUAGUCGUCCACCAUAAGCAACCGCAACAAGGAGUCGCCGGUCGUGGGUGGCACUUGAAGUGGCAUGAGGACACCGACUUUUACCUCAAAAGCCUGCUGCCGGAAAAUCUCGCUUUGAUGCGCAGCUUCCAUAUCCAAGUCGUAACCCAUAUUGGCCUCGCACUUGUGAGAGACGAGGCUGCUCCAUUCGUGUUCGAAGUUCGACUUGGAAACAACAGAAGCCCGUACGCAGUAGAGCUCGUCGGACGCCCACACAUUCCGACCUAUGUACACUCGGUGGUCUUCAGUCGCUGGAACGACAACCUGGAAGCGCUGGAGGAAGAGAUCAAAGCUGUAUUCGAGGUCGCUGGUCAUCGCGUAGACGACCAAUCUGGCGAACAGACUUCGAAGCUGAUGAUCAAAGAUCUCUGGGCUGCUCGCAGAACGAUGGAAGCAAGAAUUGGAUGA